ACAGUAUCGAAAACAAUCAGUACUUUGCUACGCCUGAGCGGGACAGAUGCGCUGAUACACUGGAUCUGUACUCGAUUGUUGCUUCUUCCUCCUUCCGGACAGGCUCAUUGUUUACCGGCUUACUGUGCUGUUCUUUCUACAGCCAGACCGCCACCUCUUGUUGAGGCUCACAUUCUGAUUGCGCUAGCACGAGCGAUCGUAUCGGAGCGGUGUGCUGUUGUACUGGAGCAUAUGCCAUUCAUGUCCAGGGACUACCUCACUAUCCUGGCACGGCCAGCCCUCAAUUCACUUACGCAGCUUAUCAAGCAGUCCAAUUUCUCGCCAAGAAGUGUACAGGUUAAGUGUAUUAACUCACCUUUUACCCAUUUGUUUAAUCUGAUUGAAUGCGCUACAGCGCUGACAAGCAAUACGUUUGACUGUUAA